CUCGACAACUGACGUUUAUUUCCUGGUCAGUGUUAGAGCUUCAGCAUUUUUCCCAUAUGUUUUGUCCCAAAUAAAUCUGGAGUGACCAGAACUAGUCUUAACGAGGAGACUUUAUUAUCUGCGGUUGAAAUUGCACUGAGCUGUGGAGUAUGAGUCCACAAUGAAGCGGCGCUCGGACGAUCAGGAAACAGCAUUUGGGUCUCAGCGGCGGCUCCCCGGAGGCGCGGAAAGCUUUCAUCACCGCGUUGUUGCUGCUGUAUCUUCCACCUACGGGGCUGCCUCAGAAAACAUGCAACCCGCUGCUGGUGUGCAGUACUCUCAGGUGCCCUUGGCUCAGAGCCCUGGAGGACAUGGACAUAGCGACGGUCCUGCAGUGCACACUGGUGCACAUCAUCAUAGCCCUGUGGUCCAGCCUACAGGAGCCGCCAUGGGUCAGGUUCACUCUCAUGCCCCGCCUGCUUUUGCUCCAACACCAGGCCAGCAGCAGUUCCAGAGGCUUACGGUGGAACACGCUCUUUCUUUCCUUGAUCAAGUGAAGCUCCAAUUCAGAAAUCAGCCUCAAGUUUACAACGACUUCCUGGAUAUAAUGAAAGAAUUCAAAUCUCAAAGCAUUGGUACACUGGGAGUGAUUAACAGAGUGUCGCAGCUAUUUAAAGGUCAUCCUGACCUCAUCAUGGGCUUUAAUAACUUCACGCCCCCUGGCUACAAGAUAGAAGUGCAGGCAAACUACAUAAGGACCCCAGGUCAGAGCCAUCACAUCAUGCUGCAUGGUGUUAGAGUACAGAACAUCUCCUUUAUGCAGCAAGCUCCAUAUCAAAUAAGAAGGCUGUUAAAACGUCCUGAAAUGUAAACUGAAAUGCAUGAAGCUGCAGUUCUUUGGAUAUUCCUAUUUCUGUUUUUAUGUAUUUAUUUUUUAUCUAUAUGAAAUCAGGGCUUGUGCUUUGUAUCAAUGAUUGCAAUCUGCAACAGAGAGGCACCUAGUAAUACACAUGGCUGCGUGUCUACAACUCACAAUUCACUUGUGUCUCUGUGAUAAAAAUCUCAAAUUCUUUUAUGACCUUCAAGAAAUGACUUGCUAGAGCUGCUCCUGAGUACUUGAAUGUCAGUGCAGCCCUUUCUCUGUCUAGGUGCACUCUGUUUUGUUAUCUGCUUGGGUUUCUCUUGAGGUCCCUGGUUUUCUUCCAUUUUCCAAAAACAUACAGGUGGUGAUUGGUGAUUCUAAAUUGCCUCUACAAGCGAAUAUAUCUGCUGAUGUAUUCAUGUAUAAAGCCCUGUGAUGGACUGGCUUCCCAUCCAGCUUGUAGUCCUGCCUCACACCAGUGAUCCUGGGAUACGGUCCAGAUCCACCAAGACUCUGAACAGGAAAAAAGCACUUACUGAAGAUAAAUUGAUGAAUGAAUGUUGA